UAAGCUCUUAUCCGCAGUUUGACGGAAAGGACCGAGAAGAUGCGAUUGCUGAAGACCGUAAAAUGAUAUAUGAUAUUACCAAUAAGAAAUACGAUAGUUUUAAACCUCUACCUGUUUGUAAACGGGUUUAACACUGGGACGAAUUGACGUGGAACGGCUAAAAUGGGUACAUCACUAAGAGGAACAUUAUUUAUUGCCAUCAUUUCGUCUGUGUUGGCAGCAUGUCAUGCAGAUGUGUGUUGCUUUCCAAGCCAAUUUGAAGGUCAUAUAAUUGAUAUGGAGCCAACUGGAAAUCAAAAUGAACCAUAUACUCAGACAGAUAUUGACGUUUCAUUUGACUGGACAAAGAAUCGAUUAAGACAGUAUGUGGCAGCCGAAGAUUAUCUUCAGUUGCAGUUUUUCGGAAAGGGUGUAAUGUAUACCAUCCAAAAUUCAACUUGCAAAGUCAGCAAACUGUUUCCUCCUCCGAACGGAACCUUCUGUAUUCCAGAUAACGCAAAACGUAUGAAAAGUUACACACUUGGUAUAAAAGAGAAGAUUAGUGCCAUUGAUUAUUUAAUUACCGAGAAGGAAAGUCAAAUUCUUCGGACAAUAUCUGACAUGUGUGUACCAGUGGCGGAUAUUUAUUUCCCGUUGGCGUCAAACGACUUUUCAACUAUAAUUACCUAUCAGAAUCUGACCUCUGGAAUUAAAGACGAAAAGGUGUUUGAUGUACCGAGUUUUUGCAAAUCAAAUGAGAAGAAGAACAUAAGCCCACCGAUGAUGAAAGCCAGCUAUCUUUGGAAAGUCUCUCUUUAAAGCACAAUUUUUCACUCUGAAUAACCGAUGUUUUAUAUCAGUGUUUUCGAAGAAACUAUUGAAAGACCAGUCGCUUAUAAUCAAAAACAAGAUCAUACUGUACUGAAAAAAAAACAAUGUACACUAGAAGCUAUUUGUUUGUAUUUGUUACCAUUAGUAUGUGCCUAACUUAACUUGUAUAAAGCUAUAUAUCUAGUCCUGUAGUUUACACAAUUUUUGUUUGAAAUUUGAAUUUUGAAAAUGAAUGUUUUAAAAAUACUUGUAUUAAAGAUCCUGUAACACAU